AUUUGGCAACACUGACUAUAGAAACGGUCACAACCUUGAUUAUACUCUAUUGUUUGGCUUGAUUGUGUACAGUCAUUAGAUCUACAUAGGCCUAUAACGUAAAUAGAUAUUGAUCUCUAGUCUAGAUCUACUUUAAUGAUAAUUUGUUAAAAGGCUCAAUUUAUUUAGAAUCUAUUAAUCAUCUUUUAAAAUGAGUAGAAUAAAUGGACGUGGCUCACCACCGGACUUAAGAGGAAUGUUUUCGGUUAAAGUUGACAAUGUUGAUUACAGAGCAACAGCCGAUGAUCUUCGUCCUGUCUUUGCAAGGUUUGGCAUUUUGGCAGAUGUUUACAUUCCAAGAGACCCAUCGACGAAAAAAAGUAGAGGCUAUGCAUUUGUGAGAUAUUUUGAUAAAAGAGAUGCAAAAGAUGCAGUGAGAGCAAUGGAUGGCUUUAUCUUCAAUGGCAGAGAACUACUAUGCAAAAUAGCAAGAUAUGGACGACCCAUCGACGAAUACAGGCGUAUUCGUCGAGAACAACUCGCCCAUCUACUUGGGCAAAGGGACCGAUCCAGAUCUCCCAUAGGACGAUCUAGAUCUAGGUCUGCAGAUGAAUCAGACAGUAGUACUAGCAAUGAGUCGGUCGGAGAAUAUUAUAGACUUGUCAGAAGAUAGGAGUCCUCGCUGUAACGGACCCUUUACUGAUGUGUAUGCUUGGUGGAGAAGAAUUUAAGUUCAGAUGAAUUUGUGAGACACGUUUGUACUCAACAUUUACUUAGAUCUAGUUUUAAAUGUUUAGAAUAUGUCCAUUCAUAAAAUAGAGACCUAAUGAUUGAUAAAGAAAACUGUGGAAUCUUUGAGGAAAGGAAGUAGAGGCUGACAGAGUAAAUGCAAUUAAAGUAUGUCUAUGUUUCUAUGUGAAAUUUAAAAAAAAAAAGAGCUAUGUUCAAAGACAUUCAGAUAAAAAAUUCUUUUCAUUUCUAGGUAUAAAGAGAAACUUAUUUGAUGUGAUUAUUUUUUUUAAUAUUAAAGGGACAUUUUUAGAGCAGAAAAAAAAGAAAGCAUAUUUAAUGAUUUUUUUUUUCUUUUAAUUCGUAAAGGGUCUGAGAUUGCAAUGUCCAUAACUCUCAUGCCAAUCAUGUUAGAAUGUCACUUUAGAAAUUAGUUCUAAAGGGUUGGGGUUUUUUUUUUGGUCAGUAUAUAUUUAUUUUGAAUACAGAUAUAUAUAAAAAUACAAUUAUAUAUAUAUAUAUACACCCAAUAUAUUUAUACUGUAUAAAAUGACAUAUUUUUGUCAAAUGACUGCCAUUUUAUAAACAGGCAAUGAUAUGUAAUAUAAUAAAAUGUGUUGCAACAAUGAAGAA